AUGCCCUACAACACCACGGCAAUCCCUCCGAGAAAGGAGGUAACCGGGCAGACGCAACUACCCCUCACGAGGGUCAAGAAGAUCAUUGCCGUAGACCCAGACAUCACGGUGUGCUCCAACAAUGCCGCCUUUGUCAUCACUGUGGCAACAGAGAUGUUCGUCCAAUACCUCACAAGCGAAGCUCAGAACAUGACCAAGCUAGAGCGCAAGCCGCGGCGCAAUAUCCAAUACAAGGACAUCGCAAAUGCCAUAAGCCACCAGGAUAAUCUCGAGUUCCUGGAGGACGUCGUGCCCAAGACGGCAUCUUACAGGGAAGUGAAGGCCAAGGCAGCUGCAGCACGUGCUCGGGUUAGUGGUGAGAAGUCUACUGGCGUGGCCGCCGAUACCGAGCGGCCGUCAGACGGUGCGCCCAACGGCAAGAGAGCCAAACCCAUCGUCAAUGGCAAUGGUCACGCUUCCCCGGCUACGAACGGCAUUUCGCGGAGCAGAGUGUUGUCUUCGGAUGCGGCAGACCCGAACGAUCAGUUGGAGCUGGAAAUGAGGGAGGCGCAGCGGUCGGAUGAUGGGGAUGUAGACAUGACGGGUUAG